AACUUCGCGGCGCGGUGGCGGCGGCCCCGGGGGAGCGGGCGCCGCUCGCUCUCCCAUUGGCCGCCCCGCCGUCAGCUGCUCCUAUUUUCUGCUGUCGCUUUUGGCGCUCGGCCAUCCAGAAACAAACCACUUCGAUGACUACUAAUAGUUAUAGCCAGAUGUACUAAUACACAACAAAUCACGGGCCGGGCGAGGGGAGAGCAAAUGAGUUCCUAUUUCGUGAAUCCCACUUUCCCUGGGAGCCUGCCCAGUGGCCAGGACUCUUUCCUCGGGCAGAUCCCCCUUUACCCGGCGGGCUAUGAUGCUCUCAGGCAUUUUCCGGCUUCGUACGGGGCAAGCAGCCUGCAGGACAAGACUUACACCUCACCUUGUUUCUACCAACAGUCCAACACCGUCCUUGCUUGCAAUCGGGCUUCCUAUGAGUACGGAGCCUCUUGUUUUUAUUCGGACAAGGAAAUUAGUAGCGCCUCUCCCUCCGGCAGUGGCAAGCAGAGGGGACACGGGGACUACCCGCACUUUUCUCCCGAGCAGCAGUACAAAUCGAGCGGCGUGCAAGCCAAAAUUGUAAAUGACGAAGGCACCGACCGGAAGUACACGAGCCCUGUUUACCCCUGGAUGCAGCGGAUGAACUCCUGUGCUGGUACAGUAUAUGGAACUCAUGGGAGACGAGGGAGGCAAACUUACACCAGAUACCAAACGCUAGAGUUAGAGAAGGAAUUUCAUUUUAACAGAUACUUAACCAGAAGACGACGCAUUGAGAUUGCAAACGCUCUCUGCCUUACUGAACGCCAGAUUAAAAUAUGGUUUCAAAACAGGCGGAUGAAAUGGAAAAAGGAAAACAAAUUCAUAAAUUCCACACAGCCCAGCAGCGAAGAAACAGAGGAAAAGUCAGGGGAGUAGAACCAUGUUUAAUAAACGCUACCAGGCCUUUCCUUAGCGCUUACUGUUACUAUUAUUAUUUACCUUGUGUUCCUUCUGCUACUAAAAUCCUAUAGGUUUGUCACAGCCUAUUAAUUCCCAAAAGGCUUGGUGAAAAGAUACACAUUUGCAAUCAACUGUGACUUUCUCUAAAAUAUGUAGAAGUCCUAGCUUUCGAGCUGCGGUCAUGUAUAUACAUAGCCACUUUUCCAAAGCGUAGAUGGUGUUGCUUAAAGUAUUAGAGACACGGCCCAGAUUUUUAAAUAUUUGAGGUGAGCAUGUGUGUGUGCGUGAGUGUCCCUGGCGUGCCUAUGUGAGAACAGAUAAGCUAGUAUUUUUUUGUGUGUGUGAUUAUGAAUGUGCAUAUUGUAGAAAUACGAGAGAUUUUAGAAAAUAUUGGUUUUAUCUUUUUACUAGUUCUCGCUACGGCGGGCUGUUUCGUUAUGCUGUGUUUGGGAUUUUAUGAUUUGUAGGGGAGAAAAAAAAAGUUUUACACACGUAUAAGAUAUUUAAAUAGUAAAAAAAGAAGAAAAAUCCUUUUUAAAAAAAUCGUAUAAAAAGUUGCGUAUAAGCUUGCAGAUAAAGCGAAAAAUGAAUUGCAGGGAGAUUUCUAAAUGCCGCUAAACUGAGUUUAAUCUGCACUACUGGUAUUAAAGUAAGAGCACGGCGUUCAACUUUAGGACCAGCGAGGGAAGAGGUUUUGAAGCGGGCGAAUUUCUGUGGUUCCUGUUGAGCUUACACCGAGAUUUCGGUGAGCUCGGCUCUACACUGAAGGGGCUUUGAAUUAUGGACUACGUUUCUUGGGGAUUUGUGGGCUUGGGUCCGUCUUUUUUUUUUUUUUUUUUCUUCCUCUUUUGAAUUAAAAGAAAAGUGUCUGUCGUAUUAACUCGGGGAUAUUCUCCCCCGCUUUUGUGGUAUCUUGAUUCACGUUCGCAUUUCCUCGCACUGAAAAAAAAAUAAAUAAAUAGAUACUCUAAGGAAAA